AUGGCUUCCAGGAUAUUCAACGCAGUGCUGCGGCUACCGCCAGCCGCCCGUGGCUGCUUCAAUGCCAUGCUGGUACAGCCCAAAAGUCUGUCAAUCCGGUCCUUCUCCAACGCUCCAUCCCUCCAAGCGACAUACAACCAGGUACUCCGUGGGUGUCGAGUCGAACAGCGCGCACGAAAGCCCACAUCACCCGCAUUGGUAAACAGACCUGAGAUGAAGGGCGUGUGUUUGCGCGUGGGAACUACAAAACCAAAGAAGCCCAAUUCCGGCGAGAGGAAGGUCGCAAGAGUACGAUUGAGCAGUGGGAGGGUCAUCACUGCAUACAUUCCAGGAGAAGGUCACAACGUCCAGCAACAUUCGGUUGUACUGGUUCGCGGAGGUAGAUCGCAGGAUUGUCCUGGAGUCAAGUAUCACCUGGUGCGAGGAGCAAUGGACUUGGGAGGUGUCGGAAACAGAGUGACGAGCCGCUCGAAAUACGGCACAAAGAAGCCGAAGACGACUUGA